CCUCUUUACCCUUUUUUUUAAAAAGUUCUGGGUAUCAAAAGUCGUUUGGAAUUGAUUGAAGGGCAUUAUACAUCAUUGAUUUAAUUAGUGACGCGCAGUUGCGCCUAUUUGGCUUAUCGAAAACAUUCAAUACAUUUCCAUGUACCCAAACAAAGUCCAAACAGCCCAAGCAGACUUGUUAAUUGAGGCGGCAUAUGUAAAAGUAGGAAAGCACGUGAACUUAUCUCGCACCUCACACUCGGGAUUGUCAUUAGAACGGGUCUUCAAGACGAUGCAAUCGAAAGCGUUCCGAGCUACAGAUAAAACAUAAACGAUUUAACGCUCGAGCGACGAAGACAAGAAGCGGGUAAAAUGAAGUCAAUUGCGCUGUUCACAUUGCUGCUCCUGGCGCUGGAAGCUGUGCAUGCAAUGGGCGCAAAUCUGACUGCUUGGCGUCAACAUCGCAGACAGAAGCGUUUUUUGAUCUAUCAGGAUGGUGGCGUUAUUAAGAUGGUAACUGGCACCGCAUUUCCUGUGGACUUCCAGGAGAAGAAUGCCUGGCGCCAGCUGGUCUGGUUAAUGAAUUACCAUUAUCAAUUCUCGGAGCCAACUAAGCCCAUAUAUUGGUGGGACCUGUGGAAUGGACGUGACCUUAAAGGACCACUGCGACUAACCAAAGAGCAACAAGAGCAGGCACAAGCUAAUGUUGAGCAGCAGCAGCCAGUGGAUGAGCCACAGCAGUUGCUGUAUGAAUUUGCGGUGGAGUACAUGAAUCAACGUGGUCAAAAUGGCAAAGCCUGUCUGAAGCGUGCGAUAUGCGAGAAUGGUCAGGUGCAUGAGCACAAUGGACUCUACGCGCAGCUGCUGCACAGGCUGCUCCAACCCCAUAGAUCUCUAGCUACGCCCUAUCUGGAUGCCUAUAGAAUGGGUAAACAUGGCGUUGAUUGCCGCCAAGCAUAUCCCACAGCUGCCCACUGUCUGCUGGAUGAUUAUGUGCACGUACAUGAACGUGGCCUGACGCAGAGCUUUGUCUAAGCUAUGCUUUUGGAUUUAAUAAUAAUAUUCGUGUAUACCCUACCACAUAUGAGGGCGCCGGUUGCCGUUGGUUAUUGGGACACUUUAAUGACCGCUUUAACAAGCUUAAGCAUUUAAAUAACAAUUAUAAAACUAACGUCUAAUUAAACAGUGUUAAUUUUUUGUACAAA